AUGGAGAAGACCCUGGUCAACCUCAGCAUCUUCCUUGCUACGUUCCUGGGCAGAGGAUCCUGCCUGACCUGUGAAACUUGCAUCAGCCCGGGUGAAGGAUGCAACGGCUUGGCCCACCCCUGCGGCCCGAAUGAAGACACCUGCCUUACCCUAAUCGGGGAGAACUCUUUGGGUGGAGGGGACACCACUGAAACCCUGAAGACCUGCAUACCCGCUGGCGAUUGCUAUGCCGGCUCCAUCAGCAUCACCACCGGGGCCGGAGUCCACAUUCGGAGCAUUUCCAGAUGCUGCCAGGACGACCUCUGCAACCAGUGGGCCCUGAACCUGCCACCGAUGAAUCUAAACCGCAACGGCCAGCGGUGCCCGGUCUGUUUUGCCUUUGAGUCUAACCACUGUGAGGGGAAUGAGACUCUGACCUGCAUGGGAGCGGACAAUCACUGUGUCUCUGUGUCGGGGACACUGAACAUAGCCGGCCAACUCUCCCCCUUCGCAGCAAGGGGUUGUGGCACAGCUACAGUCUGCUCUUUGCCGCUGGGGGUCGGGCUUUAUUCUGCCGGAGUCAUUUUUACCCUUGAGAAGGUGCUGUGCAGCCCAGCGCCAAACACCAGCAAUCGUGGGAAGAAGCUGUCUCAAGGAUGA